AUGGCUGGUGACCCCAUUGCGCCAUGGAGAACGGCGGCUCAGGGCCACUUAAGUUCUGAUGAAAAUGGAGACCUCAAAACGGACUACUCAAGGUGGAGAUUACUUGAUGAUCGUGGUCGUCAAACCUGGCAUUAUUUAGAAUCAGAUGAAGAGAAUGAGAAGUGGCCUCAAUCCAUCGCGGAUAAGCAUUUUCUGGGCCUUCCUAUGGGACUGCCAGAGUUACCAAAGGCAAAGACUCCGUUGCAGUGUGCAGAGAAUGGUUUAGAGUUCUUCUCCAAGUUGCAGCUCCCUCCGGGCAAUUGGGCCUGUGAGUAUGGAGGCCCAAUGUUUUUGCUGCCAGGGCUCAUCAUCACUUACUAUGUGACAAACACUCCAAUCCCGCCAGAGUAUGCAACUGAGAUCAAAAGGUAUCUCCUUGCCCGUCAACAUCCUGAAGAUGGUGGCUGGGGCCUGCACAUUGAGGCCCAUAGCUCCGUCUUUGGCACCUCCAUGAACUACGUCGCACUCCGUCUUCUUGGUGCCCAUGAAGAUGAUCCUCGUAUGAUCAAGGCACGCGGACUAUUGCAUAAGUUUGGCGGCGCCAUUUACGGGCCUCAUUGGGCGAAAUUUUGGCUCAGUGUUCUCGGCGUCAUGGAGUGGGAUUGUGUCAACCCUGUCCCACCUGAGAUUUGGCUUCUCCCGGAUUGGGUUCCCAUUGCUCCUUGGCGGUGGUGGAUUCACAUACGCCAGGUCUUCCUGCCUAUGUCUUACCUAUGGUCCAAGAAAUUUACCCAUCCUCUGGAUCCUCUUACCAAACAGCUGCGGCAGGAGCUGUAUACUCAGCCUUAUGACUCUAUUGACUUCGCAAGUCAUCGCAACUCCAUUCACGAAGCAGACAACUACUACCCUAAAACGAGGCUUUUGAACCUGCUCAACCAGAUCCUUGUCAACUUUUGGAAUCCCUACCUCCGAGUCUCUGCGUUGGUAAAACGUGCUGAAGACUGGACUUGGGAGUUGAUCAAGAUGGAGGACGAGAACACUGACUAUGCAGGCCUAGGACCUGUGAGCAAUCCAAUGAACAUGGUUGCUUGCUACGUUCAUGACGGGCCGGAUAGCUACUCAGUCCGGCGCCAUCGCGAGCGUCUUAAUGACUAUAUGUGGCUGAAGGGUGAAGGCAUGUUAAUGAACGGUACCAAUGGAGUCCAAGUAUGGGACACGGCCUUUAUCACCCAGGCAAUUGUCGUUGCCGGUUUCGCAGACGAUCCCAAGUGGCGGCCCAUGCUUACCAAAGCCCUGGAAUUCCUUGAGGAUCAUCAGCUCCGUGAGAACGUUCCAAACCAGGAGAAAUGCUACCGACAGCAUCGAAAGGGUGCAUGGCCCUUCAGCAACAAGACGCAAGGUUAUACAGUCAGUGACUGUACCGCAGAAGGCUUGCGAUCGACCAUUCAACUCCAGGAGAUGCACAACUAUCCCAAGCUGAUCUCCAUGGAGCGAUUGAAAGACAGUGUCGAUUGCCUACUGCUGAUGCAGAACCCCUCAGGUGGGUUUACCGAUUACGAAACGACUCGUGGCUCUGAGAAGCUGGAGUGGCUCAAUGCCGCGGAAGUGUUUGGCGGAAUCAUGAUUGGUUAUGACUAUCCUGAGUGCACCACUGCCUCUGUCACUGCGCUUUCUCUUUUCAGCAAGUUUUAUCCCGACUACAGGGCGGAUGAGAUCAAAGCCGCUAAAGACAGGGCGGUCAAGUACAUCAAACGCGUGCAGAGGCCCGACGGAAGUUGGUAUGGAGCCUGGGGCAUCUGUUUCACCUACGCCGCCAUGUUUGCGCUGGAAAGUCUGGCUAGUGUCGGCGAAACUUACGAAACCAGUGACUCUUCGCGCCGUGGCUGCGAAUUUCUUCUCUCCAAGCAGAAGGAGGACGGAGGGUGGGGUGAAUCCUACCUCAGCAGUGAGAAACACGUUUACGCCCAUCAUGAGAAUUCCCAGGUCACUCAAACUGCUUGGGCCUGUCUCGCCUUGAUGGAAGCGGAAUAUCCACAUAAGGAGCCGCUUCAGAAAGCCAUGAAGCUACUCAUGUCACGACAGCAGCCUAAUGGGGAAUGGCUGCAGGAGGCCAUCGAAGGUGUCUUCAAUCAAUCUUGUAUGAUCUCGUAUCCAAACUACAAGUUCUAUUGGCCCAUCCGAGCUCUGGGUCUCUACAGUCGAAAAUUUGGCAAUGAGGAGUUAAUGUGA